AUGAGUGAGACUGAUAAUAAACCACCAAAAGUUACUAAAUCAGAAACUAAGGAUUUAGGUAGUGAUGAAGUAGUUAAAGAUAAAGAUAAAGUGAAUUUCACUGAAGGUGGGGUUGAAAAUUAUAAAUUUUAUCCCGAUAAUCCAGAAAAUCAUCGUCAUAAAUAUCGUUGGGUUCAUAAAGAACCAUCCAAAUUCUAUGAUCCUUGUGAAGAAAGUAGACAAGCAAGUAUCAAUUGUGUUUUAAGAAAUCAAGAAGAUCGUACUGUAUGUCAAGAAUUCUUUGAUGCUUACAAAGAAUGUAGAAAAGAUUUUUUUAAUAAGAAGAAACAAGAUAGAAUAAGUGGUAAAGGUGGUUGGGGAUUCUGGUAA